GCUUCUCCCAUUCUCUCGCUCGCUCGCUAUCUGUUUUUAACACCCCGACUUAUGGGUAGUGGCUCUUUUGCUUGGGGGAUGAUGCUAUGGGGAUGGAUGACUAAAGCGAGCGGAAGCCAUCGUGUGUUGCUUCUAUGUCGGGCUACCCGUUGAGACCAUGACAAUUUCCUUGCUUUUGCGCCUUCAGAAUAUAUGGCCCUUUUCUCUUUCAAAGCCAGAUGAUCUGAAGACGUCAACUGGUUUGGUUCGUGGACUCAAAAUUCCUGAACAUACCAAGAAAUUUGUUUUUGCACUUCGUGAACCUCAGUCCAAUUCAAUUGUAUAUAUAUUAGUGACACAAAAUUUAUCAGAACAGUCAUCACUAGAUGCAGAAUCUUUGAUCAAGGAAGUUAAGCCCGAUGCCGUUGUGGCUCAGGUGUCAAAUUCCACCAUGGAUGAUAUUCUGUCAGAAAAAAUUAAUCUGAGAGAAGAUCAAUCCCGAAUGGUACCCAUGUCAUAUUUUGGAGUUCUAAAAGGAUGCUUCAAAGAGAAGCUUAACAAGGUUGAGUACGAGAAUAUGGCCGGGUGCCAAGUUCUAGAGCAAAUCUUUGGUGUUGGAUUUUAUGGACACUUUUUAGCUGCUAAAAAGGCAUCAAAGGAAGUUAAGUCUCCUCUGUUCUUACUUGAUUCUCCUUCAAGAAGUUGUGCUUUGGACCAUAACAAUGAAGGUGAUUCAGGAGCCAACAAUGUUCAGGGAAAGACUACACAGGCAUCAUCUUCUCUUAUACAGUCCAAUGGCUUGAACCCAGGGAAACUUGUGGCGCAGUCAGGAGAUUUGCCGAAAAUUCUAUGUAAAAGGAUUUGUCUCACUGACAAAUUUGAGUUAACAGCUGUGAAAUCCUUGGCUUCUUCUUUAGAUUUUUCAAUUUCAAAGCUGGAUUCAGUUCCCAAAAGGAGUCAAGCAAACUGUGACUCAAAUCUAGAUUUUGAAGUACCAUCAUAUGCCCAAUCCUUUUAUCUUCUGUUAACUGAUUUACAAAACAUAUUUGUUGAUCUUCCAAUUAUUGGUAAAGCUAUGGUGCAUGCUCAGAAAGUGCUUGUCAAUGUUGACAGAGGUGAAAAGGUUGAUCCCGAAGUCCUUUGUGAAGCUCGGAAGCUUAGGAUUGCAGUUGAAGGCUUAAGAAUUGCUUUGAAUGAUGUUGCUCGGUCUCCUCUUAGUAAAAAUGAGAAGGAUUCUGGAAAUAUUGCUUUUUCAGAUCUUCCUUAUGAGGAGAAGCGUCAUAUUCUGUUUGCUCAGGCCCUUAAGAGUCAGGCAAAGAAAUAUGGUUCCGUGGUGGCAAUAGUUGACGUCAGCAGUUUAGCUGGUAUUCGGAGGCAUUGGGACAACCUUGUCCCUCCAGAGAUUUCCGACUUGGCCAGUGAAUGUUUCACAUCAUUUGAGGAUGAUGGAGAAGCAGCCUUGGGAUGCCUAACUGAUAGGAAGAGGUUGUUGACUGAUAAACCUGUGGUAGCAGUUGGUGCUGGAGCAACAGCCAUUUUAGGAGUAACUGCACUUCCCAAAGCUCUUCCAUUGUCAAGUUUCUUUAAAUUGAUAACUUACAAGGUUCCUGUUACUGUGAAGAUGGGGUUAACACAUGCACCACGAGCAAUUGCUGCACUUGGCAAGUUUUUUGGCACUCCAAAGUUGUUUGCACCAUUGAAGGCUACGGUAUCAAGUGUAGCUGGUUCAGGAACCAACAUGUCUACUAUGAAAGUUGCAGCUUCUGCUGAGAAAAUCCGAGCAGUCGCCCAUGGCGUCAUAGCAUCUGCUGAAAGAACUAGCUUCUCUGCAAUGCGCACUGCGUUCUAUGGAAUCAUGAAGUCAUACCGUGGACAGCCAGUUGGUGCCACACCCUGGGCUGCGUUUGGUUUUAGUGUUGCAGCAUGCUCAGGGUUAUUGAUGUUUGGUGAUGGAAUUGAGUGUGCUGCAGAAGCUGUUCCUGCUGCUGCAACAAUUGCUUGCUUGGGCCGUGGUUUGAGAAGCUUACAUGAAGCAUCCGAAGCUGUGAAACACUCAGAUUCAUCCAAAUUGCAGGAAAUAAUUCAUAAUGCAUUGUACAAUAUGAAAAUAAAAAGAAUCCAAUGAAAAUAAUUUUUUGCAUUUAAUGUAAAUUGUUCAGUUGAUUGAUGAUUA